UGCCUCCAAAGGUCAUGACUACGAAAAUCGAGAUUGAUUCGUCCAAAGAGAUGUUGCCGCACGGGUUUGCGAGGCUUGGUGAAGGCAUCUGGUUCGUGAAAGCCGAGAACGGUUCACCCAGUGACUUGGACCCCAGGCAA